AUGAAGACUGGACCAUCAUCAGACCUUUUUGCUGCCCACCGUGAAGCCCGAUUACUGUGUAAGAGAGAUGCUGGAGUUGCACAAAAUCUAGGUGGAUCUGAUAGUGGCAUACUUCCUCUAUGCUGGUCAGGGCGGAGGCCGAAGAAGAAAUAUUCUUCUGCAGAAAUUGGCUUGACUACUGGAUGGGAAGUUAAGCGCGUGGCAUGCUCGGAUCUUGAGGCCUCCAAUUGUCCAGUUGCUCUGGCAUUACUCAAUCCGGCUAAGCCGGCCAUUCUUCCGAUCGGAGACGAGCAUGGCGGGAAUGGUUCGAUUCUGGUGAUUGAAGCUUUACGUAUGUAUGACAGCUCUACUGCUAGUCAAGGUUUGAAAUUAUACCAUGGAAACCCCGUUCCUGAGAAUGAUACCGGACAAGCUCUUUUUUCCGACUCAGUGGAGCCCAAGUGGAGAUUCUAUUAG